AUGGACCACGUACCUCUGCCAAAGUCCGGUCGCCUUUGGAAGACCAAAGCAGACUUCUUUCGACCUUUCAGGAGUGCAGCGGCACAAGAGGCUACAGACAAGGAUAACAAGAAUCCUUCCGGAUCGGGCAUUUCACCCCUCUAUGACCCCACUCUGCUACCUGAGGAAACGACAGAGGAGAAAGAUGAACCUGAUCUCAGAGAAUUGAACUCCGCUCUACUGGCUUUGGUCGAUAUCUUCCCUGAUGUUCAACCUGAGGUGUUUCGAGAAAUGCUCGUAAGCGUGAGCGAGGAGAGUCGUCUGCAGAUCGUUACGGAGCACUUGCUGGUCAAGAAGGCGAAGUGGGCCAAAGGGCGGUACAGAACUCCUCGUGGGACGAAGCGUGUUGCUACUCCUACUACUGCCGCUGUCGAGACUCGUCCGCGAGACGUGGAGUUGUUUCGAAGCGAGGCGUAUAAGGAUGCAGUGAAGCAAGUAUUCUAUCAGGAAUUCAAGACGCUCAGCAAGUCGACAGUCCGAGGCGUGCUUGCGGAACAGAAUUUCUCAUAUACGCUGGCAAGACCGGUGCUCCAGCAAGUGGCUGCGAAAUCAUGGCGCUUCUCCCUGACGAGUUUUUGGACAAGGCGAGCCACAGAUGAUGCUACAGAAGUUCGCAAUCAUCCUUUUAUUGUUUGGCAGAGCCUGGGAGAUAGUGAGGCUUCCCCAGCUCCUGCGGUACGGCGGACAGGCAGUUCACAGCUUGACCACGAAUUGCAUGAGCUGUUUGUCGCGCCCAUCCUAAAGAAGCAAGAACAAGAGCGUGCGCGCAUCGAUUACGAAGUGGCGAGCAAACUCAACGAGGAUGAGGCAGAAGAGCUCGAGGCUCUUUUCGAUUGCGAGUGUUGUUACAGCUCGGUGACAUUCGAGAAGCUGGCCACUUGUGAUGACGCAUGCCAUGUGCUUUGCUUAGAAUGCAUCAAACGAACAGUCAACGAAGCAUUAUACGGUCAAGGUUGGGCAAGAGCGGCAGACAUGAAGAUCGCGACAGUCCGGUGCUUUGCUUCUGCAGAAUGUCCGGGCAACAUACCGAAGGCCCUCCUCUAUCGAGCAUUGACAGAAGGUCAGGAUAACGAGGACGUGUGGAAUGAGUUCCAGGCACGUGUGUCGAGCGAGGCCCUUCUACAGAGUGGCCUCUCACUUCAACGUUGCCCUUUCUGCAGCUAUGCUGAGAUUCAAGAAUAUCCAAAACCACGACUGAAGCAACCGAUGGCAGUUUGGGAACAUGUUGCUCGCUAUGCGCCACCGGGAGUUCAGCUCAUAUUCCUUACCUUCAUCAUGGCACUAUCGCUCUUCACAGCACCUCUUCUCGCCCUCGGCUCCGCGCUUUGGCUUCUCAUCCGGUUGAUCCCACCUGCUGCUGCAGUAUUGGAUCGAUCCAUCCUUCGCAUCCAGAAGCGGCGACAGAAUCUCAAAUUCGUAUGUCGACAUCCGAAAUGCUUACGUAUAUCCUGCAUCCGCUGCACCGCUCUAUGGAACGAUCCGCAUAAUUGCUUCGAAUCAGAGAAGACUUCGUUGCGGACAGCGAUCGAGACCUCGGCCACAGCUGCAGUCAAGCGCACGUGCCCGAAAUGCAUGCUUAGCUUCGUCAAAUCUUCCGGCUGCAACAAACUCGUUUGCAAUUGCGGCUAUACGAUGUGCUACAUCUGUCGAUCUGAGAUCACCAGUCGAGAAGGAUAUGCACAUUUCUGCCAGCACUUCCGACCGAAUGGAGGCAAAUGCGCGGAAUGUGAGCGCUGCGAUCUUUAUGGUGAUGAGGACGAAGAAGCUGCCAUUAGGAGGGCAGCAGAAGCAGCAGAGAAAGCAUGGAGAGAACAAGAGGAUGGAAAGGCCGCAGGAGGUGAGAGCAACAAAGUUGCUACGCAGCUGAUGAUCGAUGCUCUCGUGGGCGAACGAAAGAGACAAUGGUAUGAUGAGUGGUUGGACUCGGUCCUGGACGUGAUUAUUGCAUAG